AUGUCUCACAAGGUGCGCAGGAGCGCGAAAGGCGCCUUGCCAAACGGUACGCGCGCUCGAUCGAACCGUUCCCGCAGUCUAUCGCAUGAGAGGCGGCCCUUUGUGAAAUGGCAUUCCCAAUUUACCACUCGCCGAGGCACCAACGCGGAUGUUUACACCCCUCCCCACUCGAGUGUGAUGAAGAGGGGAAAUGAUCAGGAGACGACCAUCGUCGAUGAGGUCUCCGCCAACAGCCGCCCACGCUUUAGUUAUCAGACCAACGAUUUUAGUUCGAUGCCUUCCCGUUCGCCGGAGUCGUGUCAUCUUCACAGGGAGAUUUUCGCAGGCAAGGAUCUCGGGCACGGCGACGAUCGCCGCGGGUUUCGCGCGAUCUCGACCAGCCCUCACCGCCAUCGUGAUGUGAAUUCCCCUCACAAGGCCUCCUAUCAUCGGAUUCGAUCUCGCGAACGGGUGAGAAGCCGCUCAAGCCCCUCAAACUCGCCGGAUUUUCAUCUAAGACGCUCCAGGGGAAGGUCAUCAAGCCGCGAUCCUUCGAGAAGCCUGGGAAAGGUACGAUAUCGACAACACCGAAGCGCCUCACGGGGUAAAAGCACUUCGGGGCGGGGUGUAAAACACGCCUCAAGUGCGCAACGGCCCGUUGUCCCGUGCAGUCGCGCGAGGCGAUCGUGGAGUGUUUCGCCGCCCAAAGUCGCCACUUCGGAACCCUUUUCCCCUCGCCAAAGCAAACCCACGGGCGUGCAUUUUAACGUUCACGUCGAUCGCGUUCGGGGGGCCCUUCGCAAUAUUCCCGCGCCGCCCUCGAGAUCAUUACGGCUUUAUGUGGUUCUCCGCACCAGCGAAAAGCGCGCGCGUACGGACGUGCUUAAGGUGCCGAAUACCCAUCUCGGCGACGACCUCCCGUUCAAUUCCACGUUUCGCUUCCCGUCCUUCCACCCCGAUCGCGAUUUUCUUUCGCUGACUCUCAUGGCAGCCUCGGCGAGUCCCGAUUUGGGCCCUCGGAUGAUUGCGAAGUGCCGUCUUGCACUGCCCCCUCCCCCGGGCUGCCCUUUUCGCGAGGUCGAGGCCGUUUUAGUCCGCCACCCCGGCCGGCCCACGGCGUACGAGUCCGGGGCGGUCGAUCUUCGCAUUUCCUUUGACGGCCCCGGGCCUUUACCCUCCGCCUCCGCCUCUUCGCCCGUUUUUUCCCCCUCCGCGGGGGAUUUUUCGCGCGAGCGGGCCGCCGUGCGGGAUGUUCUCUGCCGCUACGCCCCCGAUCGCCUCCAUCGCCUGGACUUUUACGUCGGGGGGAUUUUGAAAAGCGCCGGCGCGGGGGGGGAAGGCCCAACAAAAAAGGGACUUCGCGCGGCAUUUGCGGAAUGGCGGCGGGAACUUCUGGGGCGUUCGCGCCAAAAGGAGGCCACAGGGGGGGAUUGGCGCCUGGUGGUGCGGGAGGUGAGGGGGUUGAGCAGGCCGGAGGGGGGGCCGUUGGGAAUCGGCGGAUGCCGCCUGGUGGUGCGUCCGCGCGGGGCCGCAGGGGUGGCAAAGUGCAGUAAAAUGGUGCGUUAUCACCGCCAGGCGGUCUUUAAUUGGGCGUUUCAAGUUGAUUUUGCACAGUCCCCGCACGAGGGGCUCACGAUCGAGGUCUUUUCGGGCACCCAAAAGCUCUCCGAGCUGGAGGUGGGGCUUUUUAACCUUCAGGCGGGGGUCACGAAGGAGGUUAGCGGGGUUUUAGUAUGCGUGGCGGGGAGUAAGCAUGCGGCUCAUGGUGGAGAGAUUAGCUUUACGCUACGCGCAGAAAAUUACACCUCGGCUCUCCUGUUAAGCUCUGGACAGGAAAGGCGGCUUCGGGAGCGGGUUUUAGGCUUUCUUUGGUGUUAUAGACGCACGGAAUUACAUCGUCUGGAGGUAAUUCUGGCAGAAAUGAAGAAUCCCGAGAAAGAAAUGCGGGAGUGGGAGCGUAUUUACGGUCCCGAGCCGCUGCCGAGCCAUCUUUCGAUGUGCUUAUGUCACUGCCGAAAUAUUUUCCCCGCCGGGGUAUCUGAUUUAGCGGAUUUUUCCGAAAUUUUAGGGGGUCCAAGGAAACUUUAUGCGUGGGUUUCCGCCGGCCCUACUACCACGCGAACGGAGUUUGCCUUGAGUUCAAAUGGGUGUCUAAGCUUCAUGACAUCCUUGGAUUUUACUUUAUAUUUUCCCGAACGCGAGGUAGUGAAGCUUUUGCUGAUCGAGGAGAUUGGGUUUUGUGAUCGGGAGGUGAGUCGUGUGGAGUUUGGGUUGUCUGCCCUGUAUAAAGGCGCUACCACACUGCGGUGUUUGCAUCUUGUGGCUCACGCAAGGACGAGCGCCGCUUUUGUGAGGGGGGAGAUCGAUCUCGAAUUAACUGCUCAAGAUUUUGAUAUUCCAGCCGGAAAGGUCACCGAUGGAGCGGCGGAGAGGUCUUUUUUCGAUCGAAUGGAGGCCGCCAUCUGGCGAAGUGCCCCGGAGGAUCUUCAUCGAGUAGCAUUGAUCGUAGAUCGCACGCCCGCUUACCGGCGCGAAGCGUUUUUAUCGGAAAUUUUAGCACUACCGACGAUCAACCUCACCACAGCCCCGAUGACGCUGCAGAUUGUAGGGAUGAAAGACUACCCCUUCCAGACCGAUGACUACCUCAAAGUCUAUCUGAACGACCGGUUAAUCCUUCGCACGCGCACCUACCGGGGCACCCCGCACUUCCGCUUUGACGUUGAUGACCCGAACGAGACGACGGUGCGGCUGAGUUGCGCCCGCGAGGCGGUGCUGCGCUUUGAAGUGAAGCGGCGCCACCGCCUCGGUGCCGAUCCCACCCUCGCGCGGGGGGGCCUCGCCCUGGCGACGAUGGGCCGCGGGAGGCCCAACCCGGUCUGGCUACGCCUGUGGGACACGUCCUGUCCCGAACGGGCUGGAAGUCCCACGCCGUUGCAACAGCCCGGGCCCUGUCCCACAGGAAAGGCCUUUCCGUUACACGGGGAACGCCCCAGCACAACCCCGGGAGGGGCCGGGUUGGGCGGGUUCGCCGGCUAUCUCGGGAUGAGGGUGGAAUCGGUCGCCUUUCCCGUUCCCACAGGGGAGGAUUCGACGGCCUGCGCGAUUGCGCACGACGUGGAGACUCUUUUGCGGAAGUUUUGCCCGCAGUGUCUGCCCCACGCGGCGGUCUUGAUUUCGCGAUGUUGGGAUGCGUACGCGGCGCAUUGGGAGCUGCGGGCUCGGCUUUUCCGUGGUGGGGUGGGCCUGACGGUGUUUUUGACAGUGGAGGGGGUGGAAGGGGUUGGGGGUGCGGGCGAGGAAGUCCUCGUUAAUGUCGAUAUCGCAGGGGAUAAACAGUGGACGCGGAGGGGCGGUGGGGACGACCCGAAUUUGGUUGACGCGCAUUCGCGCUGGGGUUAUCCACCGAUUCGACUGGAUCUUCCCAAUCCAGAGGCCUUGGAGGGGGUGGAUAUAGACACGCCAAGGAACCGUUUACGUUCUUUUCACGCGCCGCUGGAGCUGAGGCUUUUGCGUCUCCGGGAUAAAAGGACCUCUUUGACGGGGAUUCAGGAUUUCCAGCAUUCCAGAGCCGCUUUGCCUCGGCGGGACCCUUUUGGGGCCGCGUUUGACGCCACAAAUGGAAGGGAAUCCUCUCCCGUACCUCACCGUCCUUCUACCGCCACGCAUUCGCAGUCAGGGAAUAAAAACCAUAUUUCGACUUACUUAGACGAUCCGAUUUCGUUCCUGGUCGCCAGCGAGAUUCGAGGCUGGCAGUCGGGAGCGACGGGAUCUUCCCUUUCUUAUCGCAAACCCAGAAACGAUUCGCGCUCGUUAGCGAAUUCCUAUCACGCCUCUUUGAAGCCACUAGUCUCAUCAUCUGCCGAGGUGGAUGAGAUUGGUCUGGUAAAGUUAUCACUGCGUGCGCUUCUUUCCCGUCCUCCUCAGCAUCUUAACGACUCGGUGCGAGUUCCCGUGAUUUCCUCUUCUUUUUCUUCUUCAAGGGCAAGUCCUUCUCGCUCGACAGCUUUGUCUUCUACCUAUCAUGAGAACUGUGUGGUGGGGUUUAUUACCUUUCGUUUAUCACUGCCUGCGUUUGAAGUUGUCCCGGCGUGGAUAAAGCUCGAUGGAUGGAAUAUUCCUAACAAUCAUUAUCAUCGGACGGAGGGGGUGAAUCUCGCACGAGCGUUUGAUGACAAGCGUCAUAUUAGUGCUUACCUAAACAAUCAUUCUCCUACGGAUUUGGUGGAUUUCCACUACAAAUUUUACGAGCACAAGGACAAUCCCGUUCGUUCAAGGAGUUCUGUUAGUCACGUUUGA